GACACAGCCGGGAGCUGCGUGUGGCCGCACGGGGAUGGGCUCUGCGCUGACACUGCGUGAUGGUGUCAGCAUCGAGGGCCGGGGGCUCAGCCUCGUGCUCUGCAAUGGUGUCUGGGCUCUGCUGCUGGCAUGGGCUGCUCCAUUCGUGCUCCUCCCUUCCUCCCCCAGCGUUUCAGCCCUAGUCUGUGAUGUGUUUAUCUCUGUGAUGUGUUUAUCUCUCGGUGCCACUGCGUUCCCCAGGAAGACUCCAGCUCUGCCUUCUCUCUGAUUGCCCUCUGAUCCCAGCGUCACACCUGAGAUCAGAACACAGCUCUGCCCCCGGGGCUGCCACCUCUCAGCUGGUGGCUCUGCUUCCUGCACUCGCAUCCUCUGCCUGCACUUGUCCUUCACUUUAAGGGGGAUGCAGCUUGGCACAGCCAUUGACACACCAUGUUAGCGAGGCACGCUUGUCUCCUAGCAGCCCUGACACAGAGCGAGAGGCCGAGGCCGAGCACACAGCCUGCCUUGGGGUGAAGAGCCCCGUGUGGUUUGUGAGGAUGUUUGGUGGCCAUUGGAUUGAGGUUGCAUGGCCCUGGUGGACGUGUGUGCUGCCAGAAGCCUGUUGUGUCGAAAAUGGUGAAAGCAAAAUGAGGGAAGAAUGUGGUUGGCUGUAGCUAUGACAAUAAGUCUUAUUAUCUGAACAGAGAUUGUGUUAGGAUAUCAUUGUCGUAAUCUUGGUGGCGUGUUCAAACUUCUUCCCCUGCUGGCAGAGUAGGUUAGGAAAGGGCCGUGCUUGAGACCAUCCUUCCCAGCCCUCUUUGGACACAGCCAUUGGUCUGUGCAGUACAGCAUCACUGCAAUUGGUUUUACAGCUGUACAGGGGGUGAAGCAUCCCCAGGCUGACACAGCUUCUAAGGGACCCAAUGGUGGGAACCUUACAGAGGAGCCUGGGGCUGCAGGAAGGGCUGACUGCAUCUCACCUUGCUCUUCAGCUGUUUUGGAUCUCUAAGGCUUCUUCAGGAAACCUUUGUUUUGCCCUCACGGGCGCACUCCUUGCUUUUUCUGUUGGGCAUCAGGUGGUACUUACACUGCUAUUGAACCCCCUUGUGUAUUGCAGGGAUGCUGUCACGAGGCAGGCGGUGAGUCCUGGAAACGAUGCUGCUUGUUCAUUCUUCAGACACAGAGCAGUACAAGUAGCAGGAGUUGUGCUCUCUGACCUGAUCUCUGAGUGCAGUUGGUUCUUGAAGCUGGGUUGCUCUCCAGACGCCGGGUGUUAACUGCUAAGGCCUCUGUCUUAACAUGGCUAAACAAAGGAGGUUGUGUUGGAGUGCACAGAGACCUGUUGCUCGUUUCUCUGCUGCGGGGCCUUGACAUUCACAGCCUGGGGAUGCUGGGCUCAGGAAAAAAGGUGUGAGAGCAUCCAAGCAGCUUCAAACUGCUGCCAGGAUGGCAUCCCUGAUGGAUAAGUGCUUGUUUUUGUUGUCUUAGGGCUUAGGGCUGUUACAGGAGUGUUGGAUUAAUAGCAAGUGAUGAUGAUAUCUGUGGAACAUAGACAGGUACCUUUGAAGUGCUGUAAGAAGUCUGCUGGUCAGUGUAAUUCCAGACAAUUCUGCUCUUGCUUGAAGCUAAGAUGACCUCUGUAGAAUACGAGGUCAAAAUCUAAUCUGGCUGGUCCUGCCUUUGGGGAAUUGGCAGGGAACCCUUGGUGCUUUACAGCAUCCCCUGCUCUGUGUUGGAAGGUUUGGGCUGUCUUGCUGCUGUGGAUGACUGCUGUCAUAGAACAAUGGAAUGGCCUGGGUUGAAAAGGACCACAAUGAUCAUCCAAUUUCAACCCCCUGCUGUGUGCAGGGUCGCCAACCAGCAGCCCAGGCUGCCCAGAGCAACAUCCACUGUUGGUCAGCCAUUAUUGGUGCCUCGAGACUGUGGGGAUUGUCCAGCUUUGACUUCCAGCCCUUGGGAGUCUUCUUGUACGUUUGUCUGUCUAUCUAAAGAGUCCUUUGCUGAGGACCUUUUUGUUUUUCUCUUAAAUUAUCAUUUGGAGACGUGUCACAUCUCCCCAUUUCUUUCCAUAAUGAAGUAGGUUUACCACUGGAAGGUGUUAACAUCCCAACUCUUCCUUGUCUUCAAGGUGAUGGUGAUGGCUUAACGUAGUGCUGGAUGGCACCAGUGGUGGUGUGUGCUUUGAAUAAUGACAUUCUGUUCCUUUCUGGAGGGUUAACACUGGACUGAAGCCUGUCUGUAGCAGCACACGUGGCUCCCUGGCAAUCCUUUAUAAAUUAAUUUUGCUUUAAAACGAGUUAACCGAUCUGUAAUAAAUGUUUGCAGUGCUUCAAUCUGGAGGGCUAUAAACUGCCUGGAUAAACUCAGAUAAAUGGCAGUGAUGAAGUGAGCUUUUACCAUAUCUGUCUUUCAAGGUGCAGUAGCUAAUGAAGACGUGCUGCCCAGGGCCCGUGCUGGUCAUCGUGUGGUUGGUGACAGCAGUGUGGGAUGUGCACCCUGUGGUCAUUGCCCCUAUGCUGGAGGAAGGCAGUUUGCAUGCAGCAGAGGUUUGGAGGAGUUCACUGCACUGUGAGGGAAUAACGGUGCUGGUUUUGAUCGUUUCUCACUCUCUGAUUUUAAUUAAACACUUGAUGGUGGCUCCUCGUUUUUUUUCCAGGUAGGCCACGUAUUCCCCUGCUAACAGUCAGCUGAACAAAGACACUCAGAUGUGGGAGAUGUGUGCUGUUAAGCGCCAGUGAUGUCUCUCAUUGUGUUUUUAAUAAGCUAGUCACCAGGUGUCUCUGGGUGUCCCCAUGGAGCUUCCUGGUCCAAGAGAAGACCCUUGUGCCCUCUCUUUGGUGGAACGAUAGGGCAGGUCUCUUCUUUCACACCUGUUGGGUUUGAUGGUCAGAGUUACCCGCUGCCAAGUCCCAUGUGUUGGUGGGGUCCCAUGGCCUCUUUGGAAGCUCUGGGUGCUGCCUGAGAAGCGCUGUGCUGUUGUGCAGAGGGCUUCACUGUCAGCUUGCAGUCUCACCCUCUGUGGAUGAGCAGGAUUUCGGCAGUCUCCUCUCUUUAGCAGUGUCGUGCUCCAGUGUGCUUCCCUUGUUGCCAGGUAUGUGGCUGGAAAGCAAUAGGCUUUCAGGCAGAUGGAAUGAAAAAGGAGGGUGGAAAUGUGGUGGAUCAUUUCAGCAUCUGCCAGAAACAAUCAGCUAUUAUUCGUCUGCUGGAGGUAGUGAGAAGAGACCUUACCAGGAGGUGAAGUUCACAUUCGGUUGGCAGCGUAACGCGCUGUGAAGCUCAGCAGAAAGUCCGGAUGAAUUGGAAAGCCUGGGGCAAAUGGAAGCAGCAUUUCUUACCUUGCUGCAGCUCAGCAGCUCUCAUUUGCUCAGGUAGAGUUCAGCUUAGAGCAGCCGACAGGGCUGCAGAGCAUCCUUCGCCCCUGCCCUGUAGGCUGCCUUCUUGAUCCUGGGCAGCUGAAAGUCACUGUGAAGACUGCUGUCAAGGGGACAGGAUUUCAGUGGUGGGCAGAGAUGUUCCUCCUUUCCCACCCAAACUACUUGCAGCAUCGUUUUGCGUCCAUCACCACACUGACUCCCGCAGCUUUUCCAGACUAUUAUAAAUAUGUCAGAUGUCAGCACCUCUCUGCCUCCCUAUCUCCUUGUCACAGAUUUCUCCUGCAGCACAGAAACUUCUUUUUAGAACAGAAUGGUAAAUAGAAGAAUGAAUUGCAAUGGGAACUUUCAGAAGAUCUGAAUAUAAACUGCUUCAGAGCCAAUCCAUAGAGGAUUUGUCCAGCAGUGCUUUCAGUGCAGCUCAAUCCAAGCAGUUGUUCAGCGACUGAUGGUCCUGUUCUGUUCCUUAUGCUCUCUCCCCAGGUAUCCCUUCUUGGUGGGAAUAGAAACAAGGUAUUUGAGUAGGCCCAGAGUCUGAAGGCAGUGCUGAGGCAUACGCUGUUGAAACCAUGUGCUGUCAGUUUAUUUGAAGAGCACAUGAGUAGCACAGCAGCUGUCAUCAUCUAAAUGGAUUCUAGUGAAAUGUCGGGAUCUCUGGACCCCCUUUCUCUGCCUGACAAACCACUCAUUGGCGAUCUUCCUGCUGACAUGGAGUUUGGGGAGGAUCUCCUAGGUUCCCAAACGGCUUCUACCCAGGAAGCUUCAGUUCUUCGGCCCUCAGACUGGGCUCAGUCCAAGCAGAUGACUGCAGACAGGGACUUAGGCCUUCAGGAGAAAGGAGACAGCCUGUCUGAACAAAACAAAUCAGAUGACCUCAAUCUAGAUAAGUCCAGUACUGUCUCGGACGUCCUGGAGAAACCUGGUGUCUUAGGUGACCUGGAUGGAACUGCUGUUUCGUUGGAGCUAAAUAAAUCAGAGGAUCUGGAUGAGCUGUGUAAGGCACAGCCUUCCCAGGAUGGGGAGGGUGGGAUGGGGGACUCCUCUGCCAUCCCUAAAGAAGCCCUUGUUCCAGAAACACAGAAAGAAGGGGAGGAUGCACCAAAAACUAAUGCUGGGGACCUAAAGGAAGACAGUGCUGCUGCUAUUCCUGCACUGUCUGAUGACAACGGCCCUGAAUCACCUUCACAGCCUGCUCCUGACUCUGGAGACCUCAGCAAUGCCCCAGCCACAGAAGAAACCACAGCACAACCAUCAAGUCCACCAGUAGCCCCUCCACAACUCAGCCUUAAACAGUCAAAAAAGACGAGGUUGAAGGCACCGAGGAAAAGCUCACCUGUGCAGAGGGAAGGACUGCCGGGGGAUGCAGAGGUGGAGCUGAGCCCAGACAGCAGUAUGGCAGCUCUGCCCUCUGAGCCCGCCCAGGAAAAGAAAGCAGAGGAAUGGAAUGAUGAUGAGAACAACUUACUGAGUGAAAGCACUGGACUGAAGGCAGAGGAAGCUGCACUACCAGCAGAAGGCCAAUCUUGGAAGGGAAGUGUGCCCCAAACUGAGAAGGUGAGGAGUCAAGAGAAAAGAAGUGAACGAGCCAGAAGAUCAGAAACUGCCAGGCCUGAAACUGUGAACUCUGCUGAGAGCAUUCCGGUCUCUGACGAAGAUUCUGAUGCGAUGGUGGAUGAUCCCAAUGAUGAGGACUUUGUUCCUUUCCGUACCCGCCGCUCGACUCGCAUGUCGUUACGCACUCAGGUAGCUCAGCGAGCUGCCCGUUCUGUUGCUAAGAUGACGUGUGCCAACUGCCGGACCCCGCUGCAGAAGGGCCAGACUGCCUACCAACGGAAAGGACUCCCUCAGCUCUUCUGCUCCAGCUCCUGUCUCACCACCUUCUCGAAAAGACCUCAUGGCAAGAAGAUAUGCACCUUCUGUAAAAAGGAGAUCUGGAAUACCAGGGACUCUGUGGUUGCCCAGAUUGGUUCAGGUGGCUCUUUCCACGAGUUCUGCACCUCUGUCUGUCUCUCCCUCUAUGAGGCCCAGCAACAGAGACCAGCACCUCAGUUUGCAGACCCCUCAGACAUCAUCCGUUGCAGUGUCUGCCAUAAACCCGGUGAGAUCCAGCAUGAGGUCAGCAAUGGGAAUGUAGUUCACCGCAUUUGCAGCGACGCCUGCUUCACCAAGUUCCGAGCCACCAAGGGGCUGAAAACCAACUGUUGUGACUACUGUGGACUUUACAUAUACAGUAAGGGCAUGCCCGUGGAGUACCUCUUCCAUGAAGGCCAGCAAAAGCGCUUCUGCAACUCUAGCUGUCUCAACAGUUACAAGAAGAAGAACACCCGAGUCUACCCUUGUAUGUGGUGCAAGACACUGUGCAAAAACUUUGACAUGCUGCCCAAUGUGGACCGCAGUGGCAAGAUGGGACUGUUCUGCUCCAUUUGCUGCACUACCUCCCACAAAGUGAAGCAGUCGGGCUUGGUUGGUCCCCCUAGGCCCUGCAGCUUCUGCAGAAAGAGUCUAUCUGAACCCUGCUAUUACAACAAGACAGACCAGGUUGUCUACCAAUUCUGCAGCCCCAGCUGCUGGACCAAAUUCCAGCACACCAGCCCGGAAGGUGGGAUCCACCUGAACUGCCAUUACUGCCACAAUCUAUUCACCGGGAAGCCAGAGAUCCUAGACUGGCAGGACAAGAUAUAUCAGUUCUGCUGCAAGGAUUGCUGCGAGGACUUCAAGCGGCUACGUGGGGUAGUGUCUCAGUGUGAGCACUGCAAGCAGGAGAAGCUGCUGCAUGAGAAGAUCCGCUUCUCAGGGGUGGAGAAGAACUUCUGCAGCGAAGGGUGUGUGCUUCUUUACAAACAGGAUUUCACCAAGAACCUGGGCCUGUGCUGCAUCACCUGCACCUACUGUUCUCAGACCUGCCAGCGGGCGGUCACCGAGCAGCUGGAGGGCAGCACCUGGGACUUCUGUAGUGAAGACUGCAAAAGCAAAUACUUGCUCUGGUACUUCAAGGCAGCUCGGUGCCAUGCCUGCAAGCGUCAGGGGAAGCUGCUGGAAACCAUCCACUGGCGAGGGCAAAUCAAACACUUCUGCAACCAGCAGUGUCUGCUGAGAUUUUACAACCAACAGAACCAGCCCAACCUGGACACGCAGAAGGGGCCCGAGAGCCUGCUGAACAGUCAAUCUUCAGAAACAAAACCACCCGCCUCUUCCCAUCAGAAGGCAGAGACUAACAUGCUGUCAUCAAAGACCUCCUCAGCCCACAUGUCUCCAGCUGCGCCGCCUCCCCCACCUCCUCCAGUUCCAGCCACCCCUCGGAAGAACAAAGCUGCCAUGUGCAAACCACUGAUGCAGAACCGGGGUGUUUCCUGCAAAGUAGAAAUGAAGUCCAAAGGAUGUCAGACAGAGGCUGACUGGAAGCCCCAGGUGAUUGUGUUGCCAAUCCCAGUCCCGAUCUUCGUGCCUGUGCCUAUGCAUAUGUACUGCCAGAAAGUACCUGUGCCUUUCUCCAUGCCUGUCCCGGUGCCUGUGCCAAUGUUUCUACCCACCACGCUGGAGAGUGCGGAUAAGAUUGUGGAGACAAUUGAGGAGCUGAAGGUGAAGAUCCCCUCCAAUCCUCUGGAGGCUGACAUCCUGGCCAUGGCAGAGAUGAUUGCGGAGGCUGAGGAACUGGACAAAGCCUCCUCGGACCUGUGUGACCUGGUGAGUAACCAGAGUGCAGAAGGUCUCCUGGAGGACUGUGAUCUCUUUGGACCAGCAAGGGACGAUGUGUUGGCUAUGGCUGUCAAGAUGGCAAAUGUCCUCGAUGAGCCAGGCCAGGACCUGGAGGCUGACUUCCCUAAGAACCCUCUAUACAUCAACCCCAGUGUGGAUUUCCUCUUUGACUGUGGGCUGGUGGGCCCAGAAGAUGUGUCCACAGAGCAAGAGCUGCCUCGUGCUGUCCGAAAGGGACAGAAACGUCUGGUGCUCUCUGAAAGCUGUUCCCGGGACUCAAUGAGCAGUCAGCCCAGCUGCACAGCACUGAACUACUCAUAUGGUGUGAAUGCUUGGAAGUCCUGGGUGCAAGCCAAGUACGCAGGGGGAGAGACCAGCAAGGGAGAGGAGCUGCGCUUUGGCCCCAAGCCCAUAAGGAUCAAAGAAGACAUCCUGGCCUGCACGGCAGCUGAACUCAACUAUGGCCUGGCUCAGUUUGUCAAGGAAAUAACACGGCCCAAUGGGGAGCGCUAUGAACCGGACAGCAUCUAUUAUCUGUGUCUUGGGAUUCAGCAGGUGAGGGAAAGCUUGUUGUCCUCACUUCCUUCCCAGCCAGGCCUGGGGGUCACAUCUGGUGAGGGAGAGUUCUUGCCCUUUAUUUUGCCUUCUGGAGACCUAUGACAGCAACCUACCCAGUUUAGUCUUUGUUCCUGAGCCCAGUGGGAGGUGACAGGCAUUCCCUGUCUUUGCACCCAAGGAGCACAUCCUGGAGGAAGGCCGAGUAAACUCUCCAAAUUCAGUCUCAGUCCCUUCUCAUUCAUCAGUUCUGCUUUGUGAUGUCCUGCAGUUUCUCACAGCUUUCAGGAAUGGUUGCUUUUAGCUGAGCAUCUGCUCUGCAACUCUGCCUGUGCAAGCCUGGGUUCUGCGUGUGUCCUGGGCUUUAUGGGAAGGAUUUGCACUCCAGGUACCGCUGUCUCUCUUGACUGUG